AUGAGGUUAUCACUCCGCAUCGGCUCCGCGGCCUUGCUCAUCAUCCUCGGUUUCAUCGUCUUUAAUCGCCGCGUUUUACCCAAGGCCCCCUUGCCCAGUUCCUUCUGGCACUUCGACACUACCGACUUCCGUUCCGUGUUCCAUCCCCAGCGGCCUCACAAGGAUAGCUCGCACCGGAAAUGGGGCGCCGGUACCGGCCACAAGGUCCAGUUGACCUACCAGAAGACCCCCAUUGAAGUCCCCGACGAGGGCAUUAUCGUCAUUGGCAAGUUGCGCGAAGAGGACACCACCUGGGUGUCUCAGGAGCUUGCAGAAUGGCGCAAUUUCAUUUAUACUGUCGACGACACCUCCGUUCCGAAUCACACCCCUAAGAAUAAGGGCCGCGAGGCUCUCCCUUACCUCCAAUUCCUCGUCGACCACUACGAUGACCUCCCCGCCGUCGUCGUGUUCUUGCACGCGCACCGCGGUACAUACGAGACGGCUUGGCACGUCGAUACCAUGGAUUUCAACAACGUCGACUCCAUCCGCGCUUUGCAGCACGACUUCGUCCAGCGGGAAGGCUUCGUCAAUCUCCGGUGUCAAUUGUCGCCCGGCUGCCCUGACGAGAUGCAGCCAUUCCGCAACCCCCCGAAACCUGGCGACACGGGUGAGAAGCACUACGCGCAGGCCUGGAAGGAAAUCUUCGGCAAUUCCAAGGUCCCUGAGAAGAUCGCUGCCCCGUGUUGUUCGCAGUUUGCCGUUUCCCGCGAACAGGUUCUCCAGCGCCCGCGCGCGGAUUACCUGCGCAUGUAUAACUGGGUGCUGAACAAUGAUCUGUCCGACGAGGUCACCUCCAAUAUCAUGGAGUACAUGUGGCAUAUUAUUUUCGGCAAGGACCCCAUCUUUUGCCCUGAUGUCUUCCAAUGCUACGCCGACGUCUUCGGUGAGGAAGUCAUCUAUUGA